GAGCGCUAUCAUAAGUCGAUUUACUGGCUCUGGACUCUGGAUUGGAGUUGUCCGCUCCGAUAAACGGAAUAUUAUACUGUUCAGUUGCAGAGUGUUUGCGAGUUUGAUACUUUCGACUUGUUAGAAAAGACACAAAUUAAGACAAGAAUUAUGACUGUUUGGCUUGGAGUAACGCUCGUCGCGUUUGUCUUAAUAAUUGUCCUCUUGAUGAUCAAACAAUUCUUCUGGAAUCCGCAGUUAAAGAGCGUCAAAAACAAGCACGUUGUGGUGACUGGUGGCUCCAGCGGCAUCGGAAAAUGCGUAGCGAUUAUCGCUGCAAGACAUGGAGCGAAUGUCACAAUAAUUGCGAGAGAUUUACAGAAAUUAGAGACGGCCAAAAACGAAAUACUGCACGCUUGUGAGAACAAAGAUGUACAGAGGGUGGAAUAUUUAUCUUUGGAUAUCGGAGCAAACUAUGAAAACGUUGAGAAAGCAUUGACUGAUCUCGAAAAAACCAUGGGACCAAUUUAUAUGCUCGUUAAUUGUGCCGGUACCGCGAUCUGCGGUAAGAUAGAGGACACCACCGUGGAUAGUCUAGAUAAAAUGAUACAUAUAAAUUUACUCGGUACAUAUUACUGCAUAAAGGCCGUCGUGCAGAGGAUGAAAGCUUCCAGAGAAGGAGUGAUUGUACUUACGUCGUCUCAAGCCUCUUUUCUGGGUAUUUUCGGCUACUCCGCUUACUGCAGUACGAAAUUCGCGCUUCGGGGUCUAGCGGAGAGCAUCGCAAUGGAACUGCGGCCAUACAAUAUCUCUGUGACUCUGUCCUUACCGCCUGAUACAGACACGCCUGGUUUCGCCAUCGAAGAGCUGUCAAAACCGCUGGAAACGCGACUCAUAUCACAAACAUCGGGAUUAGUCAGUCCCGAUGUGGUCGCCGACAAGCUCUUCAAGGACGCGCUGGCAGGUAAAUUCUUCUCCAUCGUCGGUCUGGAAGGUUUCAUUCUGGCAACCUUGUGCUCGGGAAUGUCGCCGUUCAAAUCGAUCGGCGAGCUGCUGCUGCAAGCGUCUCUGAUGGGACUGCUGCGGAUCGUCGGCGCGUUCUAUCUCAUCUCCUUCGACAAGAUCAUCCUGGAUUGCUUGAGAACGCGUGAUAAAAAUAAAAAAUCCGAGUGAUCUCUCUUGUACUCUGCAACUUAUCGACCAGAGUUUAAGGUGUGAUCUUAUCUUUCCAUUCCAAACCAAAGCAUUUAAUAUAUAAUUUCAGUUGUAUAAUUUCAAAUCUUUACAUACGAUAUGAUCUUAUGUGAUAUCAUCGACAUUCGCACAAUUUACUUACAAUUAGAUUUACAUGACGUCUAUUUUAUUUGCUCCUCAAUGAAAUCUUUCGUUUUUCCCAAUAACGCGUGAAAGAUUGUUGUAAGAAUAUACAUAUAACGUAUUAUCGAAAAAUCGUAUGUGUUUCGAGGAAGAAAUAAAACACAUUCUUAACGGUU